GACACAAGGACACAACGAUAUUCAGAUCAGUGGCGAGAGAUCGGGCGUUCAAUAGUUUGCCUAAAACGCCGAUAUCGUGGACAUAGAGGACGCUCAUGCAAAAACAUCUUUUCGGAGAGCCAACCGGGGGCCGGGGUGUCAAAAGAAAAGAUAAAAGUGCACGCUUCCGUUUUCGCUGCAAAAGGGCACGCUGGCGUCUUGAAUGGCAAGAGCACUGACCCGUAGGAAAGAAAAAUGGCCAAUGGCACGCUCAGUGGUUUCGCCGUAGAAUAUAAAGGAAAAGACGCACACACACUUUUGACAAGACGCCUUAGACCACUCGGCCACGGCACCUCCAUUCAAUCCAUGCGAGAUCAUAUCGACCGUACAUACGAUACGCGUACUGUCUACACGGAUUGAAAGAAAUCAUGGCUGCCGAAGAAGAAGUACCAAGGCCAAGACAGAUCAAGUACCAAGUAGGCAUACCAAAAUCAAUUAUCGAGACGUAUUAUCAAGAAGAAGAUCAAGAUGAAGAUCAAGAUCAAGUAGACCCUCGGGUUGUAGCAUUUGAUGAUGAGCAGAUUACGAUCAUGCACGCUCGCAGAGGUGCUGUAGCUCCUGUUCAUUUAAAAGUGUUUCCCAAGAAAUAUAUUCUACGACUGUCAGAUGUAAAGGCAGCUGAUAUAAUGCUUCUUGGUAAGAUGAUGUACACUGCUCAUAAGGUUGCACAGGAACAGGGACUGACAGAUGGUUAUCGUUUAGUGAUUAAUCAUGGAAGGUUUGGCUGCGAGUCUCAGAGAUAUUUGAAAUUCCAUGUCAUAGGUGGCAAACAAUUGCAAUGGCCUCCAACAAAAAGAUGAUUCAUUUUUGUGAGUUUCAACAGGUAGUUUAUCAAAAUCUUGGUGGUAAUCUUAAUUCAAGUGGGCUUAUAAUAAUCAAUAAUCAUGUAAUAUUUCAUAGUGCUUAAUACCAUGUUUCUUAAGUGAAACAUUUUAUUAUCGUAUUUUUAAUGAUGACUGCUAACGAUCAUAGUUGCUAUAUUUAAUUUACAUUAUUAUUUUAGUAUAAGUAUUUUUAUUUCUUCCUCCUGAUCCAGAAGUUAACAGAAAAUUCUGUAAAAAUGGCAAGAUAUUGGCAAUAUUUAGCCAAUUUCAAAUUCAUAUUUUCUGUCUGCCAUUUGUGUAUGAAUUUUGCGAUACAUUUUAUGCGAAUGUUCUAUCUGUGCAUAACUUUCCAGACUUCCACAGUUGUAUCAGUGCAGGUACAUGUAUUUAAAACCUCUCACAGAAUUCUUUUCAAUUGAAGCAAAUAAUCAAUGUUUAUCAAAUCCAUGUAGAUAUGUUUGUAGAGGGAGCUUUUCAGACGAGAUUUGUAAAUGUUGAUUGGUAAAGAGCCUCUCUAAGAUAAUGGGAAUGUGUCAAAAGUAAAUUGAAUAUAAUAUUUGAAUUUAACUUGCUAUUUGUGUGGACUGAGCCUUUAAGAAAAAUCAUAUACAUGUGAUAACUUUGAAAUAGACUAAGGCUUGUAUUCAUACAACCUUUAAUCAUGUACUUAUUUUUGUUUUUGCAACUUGUACUCUUUCUACUGACUUCUCUUUUGGUUUUGUUUUUAAUAGAAAAAAAAUUGAAGGAAAACAAUUCUGAAUAUAUAAUAAAAAAUAUACAAUCAGAAAAGGCAUAAAUAUUCUUUUAGAAUGCAAAUGCUGUUAAAACAAACACCAACCAACCAACAGCAUCUAUUUUUGUAGCAAGAAUUAAUGUACAACAGAUGAUUUUGUCAUUGUGAUAUUGUUGGAGUAUGGUUAGAUUUUUAUUAUCCAUGAUGUCUCAUUUAAAGAUUAAUCAUACUUCAUGCAUUAAAUUGUAACUUUGGUCUUGUCUGUUUCUAAAACUCUAGCAUCCUGUCAUUUGUUUAGAAAAAAGAAACAAUUUAUUUUUAGUUGGUACAUUUUCUUUUAGGGUUAAUGAAAUAUAUUUCAAUGGAUACCAUGCAAGGUGUUUGUGAAGAAAGAAUUUUGUAUGGAACUGCCAUUUUUGUCUCGCCUGCAUAGCAGAGCGAGACUGGAGUGGCGGCGUCAACAUCAAAUCUUAACCAAUGAUUAAGUUUUCUAAGUGACAUCAUAACUAAGAAAGAAUAUGGACCUAGUUCAUGAAACUUUGACGUCAAAUAUUACUGAACAUCCUGCCUGAGUUCCAGGUCACAUGACCAAGGUCAAAUGUCAUUUAGGGUCACUGAACUUAAACCAUGUUGGGAGAACCAACAUCAAAAUCUUAACGUAAGGUUAAGUUUUUAAAAUGGUAUCAUAACCUAAAAAUGAUGUGAACCUAGUUCAUGAAACUUGGACAUAAGGAUAGGAUUACUGAAUAUCCUGCCUGAGUUUCAGGUCACAUGACUUAUGUCAAAGGUCAUUUAGGGUCAAUGAACUUUGCCCAAGUUUGAGGUAUUUGUUGAAUUACCAUCAUAAAUUUGAAAGUUUAUGGAUCUAGUUCAUAAAACUUGGACAUAAGAGUAAUCAAGUAUCACUCAAAAUCCUGUGUGUGUUUCAGGUCACAUGACCAAAGUCAAUGUCAUUUAAGGUCAAUGAACUUUGGCCAUGUUGGGGGACAUGGUUGAAUUGCCUUCAUAACUUUGUAAGUUUAUGGAUGGAUAUACAGUAUGUAGUUUAUAAAAUGUGGACAUAAGGGUAAUCAAGUAUCAGUAACAAGUCUUAGGUAACAUGAUCAAUGUCAAAUGUCAUUUAGGGUCAAUGAACAUAUACAUGUAUAUCAUUAUGUGAAUGGUUUGUUUUGUGAAUAAUUAUUUUAUAGUAGUUUUCAGAGUCAGCACUGCUGCUAUAUUAAAUCAUGUAAUGCAGGUAAGACUGCUAAAGGCACUCCACUUGUUUACUAACUCUAGCUGAGAGGUGACAUGGAGAUCGAAGGCUGUCCAUUAGAAAUCCAUUUUUUUUGUCAUAGACCAUAAUAUUAAAGGCUGUUUGUUGUAAUAUACCCUCUUAUGACAAUUAACUUUACAUCUCUAAGGGUGUGUUCAAUCAUGGACCUAUUGGAGAUGAACAUUCAACGCUAUCAUUUCUUUGAUCGAACAAGAUCCGCCGCCUAGUGAUUAUGUGCAUCUUAAUGAAAACAUACAGGUGUUUUGACAAUAGCGACUACCAAGGCGUAUCUGAUGAUUUACAAAGGUACAACUUUCCUGGUUUUUGAUUUUUUGGCUGAUGCCCUGUGUAAGAAAAUAUUUUUCAGUCAACAUGCUUAAGAUUUAAAGAAGCAAACAAUUUUAUGACAUAAAAAUGUUAUUAUUUGAUCCGCACACUUCUGCACGCACAUAAUAACCUCAAUAACAUUAAGAGAUAAAUGCUCUCUACUUGAUAUGAGCCAUGUAUCUCUGGAAUGUUAGGAGAAAAAUUUGACAAAAAUGGGGUUAUAAAUAAUAGACAAUUAAUCUCAGUUUGCAUCUAUCUUAAAAUACUGUAUACAUACAUUUUCCCAAAUAAAACACAUGGAACUAAGAUUGCCAAAGGUAAACUAGAACUGCAGAUUGAUUUUCCAGGAUUUAGGUAAUUUAUCAUCGUAUGCGCAUACAGUUUGUGCAAUAUCAAUGUCUAAUCACGAACUGCUUCUUUCAACUAAUUGACGGCGGAACACGGUAGGAUGAAAGUAGAAAAAUAUGAAGAGAAUGUUAUUGAAAGCACAAAGAUGGUCACAUGUAAGUGAAUUCAUUAACUAUUUAAUGCGUGUCCAUCUCGAAUAGGUCCAUGGUUCAAUGUACAUUUUUCAAAUUUAAACAGCAACAUGAAUCAUGAUUAGAAACAUGAUUAUAGAACACUAACAAGAUCAGGUUGCACCAUUCAGUGUCAAAAAUAUAAAGCUGUUUAUACAUGUACAUCAGUUGUUUUAAAUUUCCCACUCUCUUUUUGUCUCGCCCACCAGAGGUGAAGGCGAGACAUAGGGAUCCAAAUGUCGUCUGUCGUCCGUCCGUCACAAACCUUAUGACACAUAACUCCGCAACCGUAAGUCACUUUUCGACCGCACUUUGAUGGUAGAUGUACUUGGGGGACCUGCAUGUUAUGCUGCAGUUGGAGGUCACAUGGUAAGUCAAAGGUCAUUUUCAGGUCAACGUUAAAGUUUACAUGCUAGACUCUGUUAUGACACCUAACUCCGCAACCGUAAGUCACUUUUCAACCAAACGUGGAUGGCAGAUGGACUUAGGGGACCUGCUUGUUGUGCUGCAGUCAGAGGUCACAUGGUAAGGUCAAAGGUCAUUUUCAGGUCAACGUUAAAGUUUACAUGCUAGACUCUGUUAUGACACCUAACUCCGCAACUGCAUGUCACUUUUCACCCAAACUUGGAUUGUUGAUGUAGUUAGACCUGCAUGUCAUGCUGCAGUCGCAGGUCACAUGGUAAGGUCAAAGGUCAUUUUGAGGUCAACAUUAAAGUUUACUUGCAAAACUCUUAUGACGAGUGUUAUUCUAUCCCAGUCAUUUCACAAUAAAACAAAAUCGCUUAUACCUUUUGUUGCAUUUGCGAUGCUCAAGGUCAUAACAAUAUGAGCUGAUUGCAUUUCCAAACGUACAUGUACCUUUUUCAGCAUUUGAAAUUUCCUCUCAAUCAAGUUCUGAAAGACAUUUACUUAUACAACUGGAAAUGGGGGACAUUGAAUAUCCACCAUUUCCCCCCCCCCAUAUUCAAGUUUUGUAAUCAUGUUUUCAAUCAUGAUUCAAGUUUCUGUUUGAAUUUGAAAAUCGACAUUGAACACACCCUAACUCUGAAUGCAAUUUACAUGUAACUCGGGAAUUAAUCCAGUGGCUUAACCUGCAUUUUAUGGUGCUGUCAAUGGUCAUGCUACAGUUAUAGGUCAUUUCAGGCCAUGUUUGCUAGCAGAACUAUAUCUGAACCUAUAUAAUAUUGUAAGCUUCUGGUUUCAACAAAACUUGAAGUAGUGGUAGAGUAAGUACAGUAUCGUUCAUGACGUGCCAUAGAAAGUCAGAUGUUUAGAUCAAUGGUCACCUGAAAGACUUUCUUUUUAAUGUUUUCCUCCUCAGAUGUAGUUUGGAUUAUCAUAAUUUUUGGGUUAAAACAAAGGAAGAAACUUUCAAAGCCUGCUUAGAUUGGAAAUCCCCAUGCCAUUGUUAAAUUACAUUAAAACCUGACAAAUCUCA